GUGAAUCUUAGAAACAAUCCUGACUUGAAUCAAGCUGUGCAUCUUCAGUCUUCAUUAUUUAUUUUAUGCUCUUCGAUGAAGCCUGAAGAAACUUGAGGAAUUCAGGGGCUAUUGGCCAGGACGUUGAUUUUUACAAAUCGUAAAAUUUUGAAAGGUUUUAUWGUGGAUUCGGGGUGAAUUGUUGGCGCGAUUAUUUGGGAUGUGAUGCUCAAGCUGCUGGCCAUCGAAAUACUGUACGAAGUCUUGCUCGUCAACGCUCCGAUCUUGUUGUUCUCUUUCCUUUAGCAUAACUGUUGAUCAUUUAAAGCUGAGAACCAUAUUAUAGCUAUGUGAGGAGGAAAAGCCGUGAAGCCAAAAUGGAGAAACUACGAAGGGCUAAGCAUGGGGCUUCAAAACUGCAGAUUAUGACUGUUUUUAUAGGCAGCUGUUUCGUAUACAUUGGUUAAGUCGUGAAGUAUUCUAGUCAAGCUUUUUCUUCAGGUUUGGUUAGAUUGCUCUUUAGUUUUAUAUUGAUCUUGGGAAGCUCGUACAUAAUUCACAAUGGCUCAGUCAACUACGGAUUUUCUUGAGCCAGUUAGUGAAGAUAGUUGUUCGCAAGAUGCAGAUGAGGUCUUCAGCUUAUUCAACUCAAAACAAUCCUCCUUCGAGACAACAAAACCAGAUGCCCCAGAAGCAAAAGUUAUUAGUGAAAAAGAAAUCAUUUUGGACAUGAAAGAAAAAAAAUCGGUAGAAAAACCUCAUCCUCUUAGAAGUCCAGUCCGUCUUCGUCCACCCCUACUUCGCGCCUUUACGAUCUCGUCAUUAUCAUCGAACCAGGACUCGUCUCCAUCAUCGGUGAAAAAUGGCCGGCACAUGUUUAAGGCGCCUCUCAAACUCAAAUUCUCGCUGUCAACGAAAAGUUCAGCGUGGCGUCUAGAAGAUGAUCAUGAUGUUGAUGACCGUCCAAACCUGAAUUAUCUUGAUGAGGUCCCGUUUGGUUACACGCCGGGAGGCCUAUACUUCAUGAAUAACCUCGGGGAGGGAACUCCACAGAGAAAGAUCUCAAGAGGAGCAAUGAAUGGGAAUGACACAGAAUUGUCAAAACACAGCAGUUCCAGCGAGGGAUCCGACCUGUCAAUCAACACCCGCAAGACAAGCAGCAUCGUAAAGUUGGCGCGAAAACUGAGUCAAAGGAGUCAGCGUAAACCUCAAGUGGUGGUUGAGAGGGUCCAGCCCCGGUCUCAAAGCCUGGAGAAUCUUCCCUCGCCAACAAAUACGGGUCAUGCGAGUACGCCUGAUAGGAAUAGUGCUGCCAAAUCCCCAGGUCUGUACAGGACCAUGUCACUGAACCACAGACCUUCGCCGAGAACAAGACUUGCUUCUGUUGAAAAUARAUUCAGCGGUAGUAAUAGAGAUUUAAAAGAAAAACUAAAAAGACGAAAAGAAAAUAAUAUAGAUGGUCUCAUAGAUGCUGUUGUUUGUCAAGACAUGGAUGAAGUUACGACAAUAUUGGAAACUGAAGAUAUCGAUGUAAACAGACUUAACACCGAAGGUUUUGCACCACUGGAUUUCGCUGUUUUACUUGGUUUUUAUGACAUUGCGAAACUUCUUCAAGCAUAUGGUGCCCAAGAAAGUCCACGAUUGCAAAGUAGUUUUUUCGAAAAGCACCUGAAGAUGUUAAUCAACGAAGCCGAACACAAAGUCGAGGACCUCACGAUAUCUGUUGUACAUGCAACAAAUGGCAGUACAUCAGAGACUAAGGAAACCGAGCGACAUCUUAAGGAGUGGGAAUGGAGACGAUUAAUUUUAAGAAGAAUGCUUAUUGGUCUAAAUAAUUCAAACCCUCCUGGUCCACCGGUUAGCGUUACUUUAUCUGUGGCAUCAGAAGAUUCUUUACUGGUUCGCUUCACUGAAACUGUAGGAAAAAAUUACAUGUCGACAAAAUAUAAAAUUCAAUGGAGUCGGAAUGAGCUUUUCAAUCCGUUAGAAGGAGAAUUUGUACUAAAUGACGUACGAUGUUUGGAAUAUACCAUACCUAACUUACAAAAGUCCAUUUUGUAUUAUGUGCGGGUUGCCUGUGGUAAUCUUAAAGGGUUUGGGCCCUGGUUACCAUCCACUCCCCCAGCGACCAUGCCUUCAAGUUGGCAUGAGGUUGAUGAUUCAAAGCCUCGUUUCCAAGGCAGACUUGUGGUCAUCGAUAAUCUCUUCAGUCGGGUUUGGAAGAGUCACGAACAGUUCUCUCAUCACCAUAGCAACGACUCCAAAAGACCGCGUAGUAUUAACGAAGCUGAAGUUGCAGAAGGUAGGAUGUCACCGAAGUCAAGCAAAAAGGAUUCCGUCAAGAAAAGUCUGUCCAAAUACACCAAUAUCUUCUUCCAUUCAACCCCAAAAUUUGUCAAAAACAUGAAGAGAGGUGUUUAUUUGGCUGCUAUAGUGUAUACUAGUGAAGACSGUGUGCUGGUUACGAUAGAUGAUAAUAUUCCAACCAUCGAGGUUGAUGAUAAUUAUCCACCCACGUUUCUACAAGACUUUUGCUGGCUUAUGAAGGUCGCAUGUACGUGGAAGGAUGUCAAAAAACUCAAACAUGAAGUCGAGAAGAAUCCCGCCUCUACGUCUGUGUUAUUCCGUUGUAAAUUACUGAACGCAGUUGAUGCAUUCCAGUCAGCCCUUGGGAAACAACAUCUUGGACAGCUACACUACAAACCUGUGAAAGAUCGAAACGGCAGCACGGUUAUUGUUACUGUCAACUAUCUCAACCAUGCCAGUAUGUUCCGUCCUCGAAUAAUGGCCUUAAAGUGGAUGGCAUUGAACAAGUUGCAGAAGAAAAUGCCUUUCCAUUCAAAUCUACCUGCGGAUCUUUGUUAUGCAUCUGAUAUGCUUAUCACUGCAAUCAAGGAAAAAGUUAGUUAUUUUCAGCAGAGCAGAAAACCAUUAGAAAGGGGAAUGUAUAUUGGUUAUCUCAAGCUACGGACAUUCGUAGAUGCAAUUCACGUUGUAGUGGAUGAGAAUUGUCCGAAUGUCCUUCCUCAUGUGAAGAUUCGCGAUAAUCCAAACGUAUCGAGAGAGGAAUGGCAAUGGUUACAAAGUAUGGAUACUUUAGGGGAACGAACGUGCGAGCCCAGCAAAACUGCCCACGAUUUCCAACUACUUGUUGCUCGAGCGGCAGAAGUUCUUAUGGAAGAAGUUGGUGUCAGUAAAGAUGCUGGCAAACUUCAUCGUAUUUAUGAUCGUGAGGUCGUCGAACUGGACGAGAAUGUGUCAUUCUUAAUCGUGUUUCCUCCACCUGAAGAUGUGUGUAGUGCACCAGGUCAAGUGGAUACAUUGACACACAGGAAGAAAUACAUAUCUCUUCCUGUACAGACAUUUGAAAUGAUUCAUAUGUGCACCUACCAAUCCGAUUUUAUUUCGCAUUACUCAAGGCUUUCAUCUGUGCUGGACAUGGAUUCUGUGCUUGCACAGCAAGCCUUGAGAGAGGCUUUUUCGUCAGUUGAACUUGAAAAAGCGAAGCAAAGACAAGUCCAGCUAAUGGAGUUUCAAAUGGAACUUGACGAAACUUGGAAAGGCAUGCGAUGGAUUCUAGACGCACUACACUACGCACGUGAUCGACAAGUACGUGGUGGUAUACCGCUGGUCGAAGUGUUCAAGUUCUCACCUUGUCACAUGACCAAGAAUGAGUUGAACAACAUAAACAGCGAAUCUGGUCGCAAUUCAAUCAAGGAGGGCGUGGUCAAAGUGUUUUCGACGCGAGAGACUGGGUUACCUGCUGGUGCGGAAGUAACGCUAUGCAUUACACCCUUAACGACUGCUAGUGAAGUGGUUGGCAUGGUGAUACAACAGCUAGAGAAAACCUGUCGAGAAAGAAAGAAAGUAUGCUCGAAUAUCCCGGAUGUAAGGAAGUAUUGUCUAGUAUGCGUCGUUGGGUCGCAGGAAAAAUGUUUUAACGACGAAUUUAAGCCGCUAGAGCUACAAAACCCAUGGAGACGAGGAAAACUGUUUGUCAGGUUAAAAGCUUCCGCGAUGGCAGCCACAAAUUUCAGUCAGUUCAGCAGUGUUUAACGACACUGAUCAAUGCUUAAAUUCUCUUAGCAAGGUCUUAAUAUUUCUGAAUACGUGCGAAAGGAGAAUGUAUGAUUUAAGGAAAAUAUAGCCAUGUCAAUAUUUGGCAUUAUAAAGUCAAGUCAAUUUGACUUAUUGUUAUAUUAUUACCGAAGUAUUAUCUAUUAGAAAAGAGAUUAUAGAAUAUUGGAGAACAAAAUUUUUUGAAUAUAUAAUGCGGCUGUUAUUAAUAUCCAUUAAGAGAUAUUAGAGUAUAUUAGAAAAUGCGUGACAAUAUUAUUACACCUGACAGAUGUAAUACGUGACAAGUAUAUUACGUGACAAAGAAUUCCAAUGUUUUGAGAUUUACCGUAUAACCAGAUGCAUCCAAAAAAAGGUCAUGUUUGAAGUAGCUUUCACAUCAAUGGGAAACAUGAUAUUGUGAUUCUUAAAUAGCUUCCGAAUUCAAGCAACUGUGAUUGGAUUGUUUCCCCACUUUCUGAUUGGUUGACUGUGAAAGCAACCAAUCAGAAUCAGGGUCACCUCAUGACUCUUAGACAGCGCCCGAAAAGAAUUCAAACACUGAUUGGAUAGUUUUUACUUUCCCCUUCUGAUUGGUUGACUGUGAAAGCCAUUUGAGAAUCAUCCUAUGAUAGGUUUCCCACUUGAUCAAACGUUCUCACAUCACUUCGUUGGCUGUAUAUGUUGAGUUUUUUUACUAUUAAGAUUUGGUUUGACUGUUUACCUUUAUCCCGUUAAGAUAUUAAUUCAGCAAGAUGGUUUUCUCACGUUAUUUUAGUAUCGUUUCUACUCCGUUAUUAACAAAAAAAAAGAAAAUACAAUGACCAAGGAAAUCAGGAAAAAUUCCUAAAAAGGGACAGCCGAAAAUACCUGAAGAUGUUACAUUAUGUUAUGACUUAUAUUAUUUAUUAUGAGUCCACGCAAUAGAUGAGAAGUGUUUAUCAAACUGGCUUUGAUUCAUCGAUGUAUUUCGAUACAAUGGAUGAGAAACUUAGCCUGCGUUUACACGAUAACGGACGAAUUUUUAACUGUUCAAGAAUUUGACCUGUACAUACCUUUUACGCGAAAACGUCUCUUUAAGUGUAUAACGAAUACGUUCUGUUUACACGGAACCAGUCCCAAAAUUGCACGGCUAGGCGUACGACGUUUUGUUCGGAUAGCACAGUCCCGUGCGAACAGAACCCCUAAACGUACACCUUUUUGACUAUCUGAAAAUUAGUCCAGUACCGUGUAAACUUAACUCUAGAAAACUGUUAGUUCGUCGUGUUUUGACUGCCUGCUUACCAAAAGUAGAUUCUUUUUUGCUUUUUCGUUUGUUCCUUCGUUUGCGCGCUUUUAUUUUUGUUUUACCGCUUUAUUCGUUUUCUUCGUUUACCAUAAAUAUUUAUUGAGUUUGACAAACGAGGUACAUCCUAGUCUAGCUUGGGCACGAAGUACUCCACACAAAACAUAAAUAAAAGGCGUUUGUACCCAAGCUAUACCACAAUACACCAACUUUACCGGCUCGAAAAUAUUCUCUGUGCGCUUUGUUUAAUUUGUCUUGCUUGCGCAAUAAAUUCCUGCCGAUUCUGUUAAUUGUGCGCAUUGCCAUUUUACGAGCACACUAUUUGUUUAAAUCUUAGAUUGCUUAAUGCGUUAUUACUGCGGACACUGCGUUGGUAUCCUGUUACAAAAAUGAAAUUUGGUCUUAGAGGCGUUUCAAGGCAACCAUGUUGGAGGACAAAACGAUAGAAAUUUUCUCCUCUGGGAAACAAAAUUUCUAGUCAUGUAAAUUGAUUGCACUGUUCUGGCCCCACAAAUGGCUGCCAUUGAAAUCCUUUUUUGCUGUGUUGAGAAAAUUGCCUUCUUAGGGCUUAUAAUGUGCGUCAGUCAUUACUGAUCUAAUCAGUGUUGCCAGGAAACGUUUUUAUGAUAGUUGAAAUUAGAAUAUAUGAGAGCGGGCGAGAAAUCGUUAACUUUGUCAGUUGUGGAAAUCAAAAGAAAAUAAAUUGAAUUAUUUGAAAAAA